AGUUAAAGAUUUAGUUGGAAAAGCAAAGCUCCCAAUCACUAGUCCCUUCGAAGCUUGUUGGGGGAGAAGUCAUCUCACCUAUUUUGGAAACUACUUGCAGAUGUGGGGAAACCUCGGAAUUGCUCACAACAGGGGUUUUGCAGAGAUUUCCUCUGAUUUUUUCCCUCCCCAAUUUCCCACAACCUGUGUUUGUCUUGAGUCUGCUCGGCUGACAUGUGGUUUACCUCGCUGACCCUCCUGCCAGAUUUUACACCCUCUCCUCUGAAGAAGUAAAACAUUACUGAAGCCGAAGGAUACAGAGCAACUCUGCUCACGGGCGCCAGAACUGUCACAGAAAAUUUGCUUCCCGAGUAUUCCAUCCAACUUCCCUUCCUGCGCCCACGUGAGCCAUAGCGCCAGCCCAUCGGCAAGGUCUCAGCGUUUCCUGCUGCUGCAAUCUGUAACUUGAUUUUGGAUUUUUUUUUUUUAAUUGCAGUUCUGAGGAUCUUAGUUCUUAGCAAAACUUUGUUGGUUAGGAGACUUUUACAGUAGUCUGUUUAUUUUCUUACCAAAAUCGUGAAGACUCGCACACUUUUCCUCCAUUCCUGCCCUGCUCUAAGGUUAAACAGCAGCAAAGGAAAGAAAUACACACUCGCUGUUUAUUUGGGGGGAGGGGAAAUAUGGAUUUGCAGCUAAGUUAUCACGAUCCUUCGCUCCACCCCCGGUCUGGCACUUUCAACUGACACGUACAUCAUCUAUUAAUUGUUGUUUACCGACUCAGAUACAUAAUAUAUUCAUUUUUAUCUUUGGUAAAAUAUAAAUGGAAUUGUCAGCGCGCUCCUGUCUGUUUGUUUGUCUAAGGCUAUCAAAAGAAGUCAAGAGAGGAGCCUGUGGCCCGGAUCCUGACCCUGAUUGUAUGAAUAAGUAAGCAGGAUGCAAGUGAUUGGGUUAGAUGGUGCGAAUAUUUUUUUUUUCAAGUUAGGAAGAGGGUAAAAAGACAGGCUGGCGGGGGGAAGGCAAACAGUGCAUCCCCAAAUCCUCACACUUUUGCUCUCUUGCAGUCAGUUGCUUUGCUGGCUUCUGCAGGCUUUUAAGGUCUCGCGGCGUAGAAAUGCCUGGCCCCCACCCCCUUCCUCGGUCUCCCCUUUCAAUUCAGAUGUGCUGAUGUGCAGACCGGAUUCAUCUUCUCGGAGCGGCGGCGGCGGCUUUGGGCUCAGGCGGCGGCGGCUCGCGCUCGGCCGCGGAGUCCUGGCAGCAGCGGGGACGCGGCGCGGGAGCCCGAGCACUGGUGGCAGCUGAACCCGCGGGGCGCCGCUGGCCGAGCCGCGGCCGCGGGAAGUUCGGCAGCCAGAAGAACGAUCUGGCAGGCUACAAGCGCCAGCGCCGCCAGAGCCGAGUUUGCCUGCGCCCUCCCCGCCUCCGAAUGCCGAGUUCCUUACCUGCCCUCCGCCCACCCGCGGGCCCCUAGCCAACUUCUCCCUGCGACUGGGGGUAACAGGCAGUGCUUGCCCUCUCUACCGUCCCGGCGGCAUCCACAUGUCUCCGGACACCUGAGCACCCCGGUCCCGCCGAGGAGCCUCCCGGUAGGGAGAACAGCACCGGUGCCCCUAGCCCCGCACAUCCCCGCGAACCGCGGCUGCCUAACCUCCAGGUCCCGUCCCCUCCUUUUCCUCCGGGGGAGGAGGAUGGGGUUGGAAAAGCUUUCCCUGAGGAUGCUCGUGUGGCUGGUGGCCUCGGGGAUUGUUUUCUACGGGGAGCUAUGGGUCUGCGCUGGCCUCGAUUAUGAUUACACUUUUGAUGGGAACGAAGAGGAUAAAACAGAGACUAUAGAUUACAAGGACCCGUGUAAAGCCGACUGACCACUGCUCUAAGCAGUGUUGGGGCAAUGCCUGGGCUGCCCGAGCCCUUGAAGUUCAAGAAGAAGCACCUGGACUUCUCAUGAGGGCAGGUCAGAGUCAAUCUGUAUUUUGGGGCGAUAUUGCCUUAGAUGAUGAAGACUUAAGUAUCUUUCAAAUAGAUAGGACAAUUGACCUUACGCAGAAUCCCUUUGGAAACCUUGGACAUACCACAGGUGGACUUGGAGACCAUGCUAUGUCAAAGAAGCGAGGGGCCCUCUACCAACUUAUAGACAGGAUAAGAAGAAUUGGCUUUGGCUUGGAGCAAAACAACACAGUUAAGGGUAAAGUACCUCUACAAUUCUCAGGGCAAAAUGAGAAAAAUCGAGUUCCCAGAGCCGCUACAUCAAGAACGGAAAGAAUAUGGCCUGGAGGCGUUAUUCCUUAUGUUAUAGGAGGCAACUUCACUGGCAGCCAGAGAGCUAUGUUCAAGCAGGCCAUGAGGCACUGGGAAAAGCACACAUGUGUGACUUUCAUAGAAAGAAGUGAUGAAGAAAGUUACAUUGUAUUCACCUAUAGGCCUUGUGGAUGCUGCUCCUAUGUAGGUCGGCGGGGAAAUGGACCUCAGGCAAUCUCUAUCGGCAAGAACUGUGAUAAAUUUGGAAUUGUUGUUCAUGAAUUGGGUCACGUGAUAGGCUUUUGGCAUGAACAUACACGACCAGAUCGAGAUAACCAUGUAACUAUCAUAAGAGAAAACAUCCAGCCAGGUCAAGAGUACAAUUUUCUGAAGAUGGAGCCUGGAGAAGUAAACUCACUUGGAGAAAGAUAUGAUUUUGACAGUAUCAUGCACUAUGCCAGGAACACCUUCUCAAGGGGGAUGUUUCUGGAUACCAUUCUCCCCUCCCGUGAUGAUAAUGGCAUACGUCCUGCAAUUGGUCAGCGAACCCGUCUAAGCAAAGGAGAUAUCGCACAGGCAAGAAAGCUGUAUAGAUGUCCAGCAUGUGGAGAAACCCUACAAGAAUCCAAUGGCAACCUUUCCUCUCCAGGAUUUCCCAAUGGCUACCCUUCUUACACACACUGCAUCUGGAGAGUUUCUGUGACCCCAGGGGAGAAGAUUGUUUUAAAUUUUACAACGAUGGAUCUUUACAAGAGUAGUUUGUGCUGGUAUGACUACAUUGAAGUAAGAGAUGGUUACUGGAGAAAAUCACCUCUUCUUGGUAGAUUCUGUGGGGACAAAGUGCCUGAAGUUCUUACUUCUACAGACAGCAGAAUGUGGAUUGAAUUUCGUAGCAGCAGUAAUUGGGUAGGAAAAGGCUUUGCAGCUGUCUAUGAAGCGAUCUGUGGAGGUGAGAUACGUAAAAAUGAAGGACAGAUUCAGUCUCCUAAUUAUCCUGAUGACUAUCGCCCGAUGAAAGAAUGUGUGUGGAAAAUAACAGUGUCUGAGAGCUACCACGUCGGGCUGACCUUUCAGUCCUUUGAGAUUGAAAGGCAUGACAACUGUGCUUAUGACUACCUGGAAGUUAGAGAUGGAACCAGUGAAAAUAGCCCUUUGAUAGGGCGUUUCUGUGGUUACGACAAACCUGAAGAUAUAAGAUCUACCUCCAAUACUUUGUGGAUGAAGUUUGUUUCUGAUGGAACUGUGAACAAAGCAGGGUUUGCUGCUAACUUUUUUAAAGAGGAAGACGAGUGUGCCAAGCCUGACCGUGGAGGCUGUGAGCAACGAUGUCUGAACACCCUGGGCAGUUACCAGUGCGCCUGUGAGCCUGGCUAUGAGCUGGGCCCAGACAGGAGGAGCUGUGAAGCUGCUUGUGGUGGACUUCUUACCAAACUUAAUGGCACCAUAACCACCCCCGGCUGGCCCAAGGAGUAUCCUCCUAAUAAGAACUGUGUGUGGCAAGUGGUUGCACCAACCCAGUACAGAAUUUCUGUGAAGUUUGAGUUUUUUGAAUUGGAAGGCAAUGAAGUUUGCAAAUAUGAUUAUGUGGAGAUCUGGAGUGGUCUUUCCUCUGAGUCUAAAUUGCAUGGCAAAUUCUGUGGCGCUGAAGUGCCUGAAGUGAUCACGUCCCAGUUCAACAAUAUGAGGAUCGAAUUCAAAUCUGACAAUACUGUGUCCAAGAAGGGUUUCAAAGCACAUUUUUUCUCAGACAAAGACGAAUGCUCUAAGGAUAAUGGUGGAUGUCAGCACGAAUGUGUCAACACGAUGGGGAGCUACGUGUGUCAGUGCCGUAAUGGAUUUGUGCUGCAUGAAAAUAAACAUGAUUGCAAGGAAGCUGAGUGUGAACAGAAGAUCCACAGUCCAAGUGGCCUCAUCACCAGUCCCAACUGGCCAGACAAGUACCCAAGCAGGAAAGAAUGCACUUGGGAGAUCAGCGCCACUCCCGGCCACCGAAUCAAAUUAGCAUUUAGUGAAUUUGAGAUUGAGCAGCAUCAAGAAUGUGCUUAUGACCACUUAGAAGUAUUUGAUGGAGAAACAGAAAAGUCACCAAUUCUUGGACGACUAUGUGGCAACAAGAUACCAGAUCCCCUUGUGGCUACUGGAAAUAAAAUGUUUGUUCGGUUUGUUUCUGAUGCAUCUGUUCAAAGAAAAGGCUUUCAAGCCACACAUUCUACAGAGUGUGGCGGCCGAUUGAAAGCAGAAUCAAAACCCAGAGAUCUGUACUCACAUGCUCAGUUUGGGGAUAACAACUACCCGGGGCAGGUUGACUGUGAAUGGCUGUUAGUAUCAGAACGGGGCUCUCGACUUGAAUUAUCCUUCCAGACGUUUGAAGUGGAAGAAGAAGCAGACUGUGGCUAUGACUAUGUGGAGCUCUUUGAUGGUCUCGAUUCAACAGCUGUGGGGCUUGGUCGAUUCUGUGGAUCCGGGCCCCCAGAAGAGAUUUAUUCAAUUGGAGAUGCAGUUUUAAUUCAUUUCCACACUGAUGACACAAUCAACAAGAAGGGAUUUCAUAUAAGAUACAAAAGCAUAAGAUAUCCAGAUACCACACAUACCAAAAAAUAACACCAAAAUCUCUGUCAGAACACAAAGGAAUGUGCAUAAUGGAGAGAAGACAUAUUUUUUUUUAAAAAAACUGAAGAUAUUAACACAAAUGUUUUAUAUAAAGAGUUUGAACAAACAAACAAAAAAAAAUCCCUGUAAGACCAGAAUUAUCUUUGUACUAAAAGAGAAGUUUCCAGCGAAACCUUCAUCAGCAUUACAAGGAUAUUUGAACUCCAUGCUUGAUGGUAUUAAUAAAGCUGGUGAAAGGGCAUCACAUACUUCAAGGAAGACUCUACAAGCUUUUGUUCACAGCUUGAAAUAGAUGCCUCACAAUUCAGACAGUUUAAUUCACGAGUUGUGACCCUGCAGAGUUCUUUUUGACAAUUUGUCAAGAUUUGGGGACAUAAAAUGAUCUUGCAGGUCAUAAACUGGGAAACACUAUUCUGGUUGUCUUAGGAUAAUUGCUGACUUUGUAUCUUGGAUACAGUGUAAACUAGAUCCAUGUAAGGUGAUGUGAAAUGGGAGUCUUUUGAGGGUGAUUUGUACUUUCCAUGUGUAUGUGUGUGUCUGGUGUUUGGAAACUGGGAUAUUUCAGCUUCAUUAUUUCCACUUGCAGGCCAGCUUAACCUCUGAAACACAAAUGAUCUUGAGACCACUUUAGUGUACUUACAUUUUGAUGAGUUUGAAAUGUCAGUGGCGUCUAUUAUUGCAGUUAAAUUCUAGACAUCAGUUCUUUGUCUCGGAAAAUGUCCAGUGAAAUGGUAAACUUAGUUCUUUUUUUUGGAAGUGCUGCCUUUCACACCAAAUCCAAGAAGCCUGUGAUGUCUUAUGAACCUUAUGAGAAAACGCCGAAGAGGUGUGAGCAGGAUUCUUCUGAAUGACUGUCUGGAUGGUUCAUUACUCAAGUUACUGCUGCUGCUAUUGUCUUUCCUUUGUUGUCGAUCUGUUAUUGUUGUAGCUAUUAUUGUUGAUGUUGUCAUGGUUAAUCUAUUUUUUAAAAAUGAAAUGAAGCAGAAGUAGGUCUUGUGAGAACUGAAAGAUCUCUUUCAUUUUUCUCUUCCUGGGAUUCAUUUUUUCAAAAUGCAAUGCUGGAAAAAAAUGUUUGUUUCUGAAAGACUUCUUAUGGUGCUAUUCCAUAAACUUUUUUUUAAACAAGUUUUUGACCUUUGAGCCAACCCACCUGUAGACUACGAAUGUCUCCCUAUGGCUGGUGGCAUUUGAAGACUAAAGACUUGUCAAAUAUAUCAAGAGUAUAUCAUUGCAAGGGCAACCCUUGUCCUGUGGAACAACUACUUAUAAUGCCUUAGAAUUCUUGCACAUGAUCAAACAGAUCCUCCUAAAACACACCUUUUGAAAUGUUGAACAUAAGAGUGUAUGUUAACUAACAGCUCUCUGAAGAAAAUGCAUUUCCAUGACUGAAGCAUUGGAUAUAAAUACGGUGUCCUGCUUUUUUUUGUAGAAAAUGUAAUUUGAGGAUGAAUUUUCUGCUUUAAAGGCAUGUGUGUUUUUAAAAUUAAUGAAUGUAGAUGUGUGAUUGUCUGAGUGAGUGGCACUACAAGAGGUAAAAAAAUAAUGGAUGGUUGAAAAGUUAAAAUGUAUGUGCCAAGUUCUACUAGAAUUCCAUUUGAAAUAGCACCUUCCUUAGGUUUCAUGGACAAAUAAUGGGAACUUCUAAUUAUGAUCAAUCCCAUUAAAGAAAGGCUCUUUCCUCUAGAGAAACUCUAUUUUGAUGUCAAUAUAGAUUACUGUAUGAGGUAGCUUUGUUUCUGUUACCUGUCCAUGAGCAUACAACAUUGAAUACAAUUGGGUAUAUUCUUUCAGUUUUACAAAAUUAAACUAUACACACAGAUGUAGCUUAUCUGUUUUUUUCUUAAAUUGUUGCCCUGAAAAUAUUUCUUGCAUAUGAAUUGUAAAAUGUAAAUACAUUUUUAAAACCAACGCUUUGAUCUUAUUGAAUGUUACUUUGAAAAUGUAUAACUAUUGCCUGCAAUGUAGAUGAGCCUGUUAGUAGAGCUGAUUCAUUCCAGUAACUUCUUCCAUAUUUUCUCACUAAUCUCCACUUAGCCAAAAUAUGCCAGGAAUGGGAAAGAGGAGAAAAAAUCAUUAACAUUAACACCUAUACUGUUCUAUACUACUCCUACCCCUGUGCUAGGAAUGUGCACUAGCUCUUUUUAAAUUCCAUGCUGCACUUUGAGGACUGCCAUCAUAUUCUCGUUUUGUAGUUCAGAAAGUGAGGCUCAAAGAAUUUAUUUAACCUUCCCAGAGUCACAGUGUAAAGUUAGAUGUUGAAACCCAGUUUAUCUUAUAUAAGAGUCUCUGCUUGUUCUACAAAGGUAGUAGAAUCAAUCUUGACCUACAUAAAUAGUAGAUUUUUUAUGGUGAAACUUUCCCAUAUAAAGUAAAUUUUAGGGGUGAAUUAGAGUAAAACUCUCAAGAUAGGCAUUUUGUUCUUUUUGAGAACAGCAUGAAACUUAGAAUAUCAAUGAUAGCUAUUUUUAAGAAUCAGAAUUAGUACUAGAAAUUUAAAAUAAACUACAGUUUGGAGUUAGUAUGAACCUUUUGUGAAAAUAAAUAUAUUAAAUUAUUUUGCCUGAUGCGAUAGGGGAAAUGUAUUGGUCUAUAUUAAGAAAUAUUCUGGAUAUUCUGAUUGAUAUCUUAUUAGGCCACGGUGAGCUAUGCUGUGCACAACUGAGAAAUUAGGUAUUUAGAAGGCACACAGAGAUGUUGUCAUAACUAGGUCUUCAACAUGAAAAUUAAUUUUUAUUGUAUCAUGUCAAAUAUCAGUUUACCGCAUAUUAUUUUUAUAUUAAUUCAACAUUUGCCUUAAAUGUGUUGUUAAAUGAAAAUACAAACAGCUUCAUUGUUGUGUUGUUAAUAAUUGUUAGUUACUGCUCCAUUUUAUUAAAUUAAUUUUUUAAAUUAUUUUCCACCCUACAUCAGUAUAUUGGUUGUGCUUUAUAUUUGCCAAAAUCCUAACUCCCAUAUUGUCCUCUCUGACUAUACAUAGAAAAAAACACUGUUCUCACUUGAUUUUAUUAAAUUAUUUUUAAAAGUCAAUUUUGAAUAUAACUGUAGUUUAUUCAGGAGAUGGUGACUUAACAUAAAUGGACAAAAUAACUUUUUAAAAGAAAUGGAUGAGAAGCAAUUGUGUUUCCAAAACCCUCAAGUAUCCCAUUCCUAUAUGGCUGGAUUUUUGCUAUCUAUGAUUCAUUUUAAUAUGUCACAGUAUGAGAUUCAAAUUCUGCUUAACUUUGUUUUAAAAUAUCUUAGCCUCUUCUAGUUGGUUUGUAAUACUGCUGUAUUUUUGGUGAUAAGCUUCAAAUAUCAAAUUUUGUUCUGCCAUGUAGAAAAAUCUCUAAAAGCAUCAAAUAACUAAUUUUAUUUUUGUAAGGUUAAAAUUUAUUUUUUAAAAGAAACAUUAAAUUAUAUAUUUAUGUAGAUUUAGAAGGAGUAUAACCCUGUGUGAAAUUAUAAAUUACUUAAAACAGUUAUCAAAUAUUUGGAAACUAUUAUUUACUAAUAAGAAUAAGACUUGCCUUAUGGAAAAUUUUUGAUGCCACUUGUUAAAUCAGGUAUGGAAGGAAGAAAGCAGAAAAUAUAACUGCCUCCUAAAGAUAUAUAAUUUGAGUUGCAGUAAUGCUUUCUAUUUUACAACAACAAAUGUGUAAUAAGAACUUAUCAAAAAGAGAAAAAAGGUGGCCGGUGAAUGAAUUGAAAGUUUUUAUCCUUCAAUGCAUGGUAAUUGGUUUCCAAUGAAUAUUUAGCUGUUGGUGUUUUAUGUUAUUGUUAUAAAACUGAGAAACUUUGUCAUUAGAUUAGGAACCAAGUAGUGGGAAUGCUGGCUCUGAUAUUUUGUGAAAUAGCAUUAUUCGUCUCCAAACUUUCUUCUGACAUCUACAUUUUCACUGUCUAGUUUCCAACCUGCCUAACUUUCCCUCUCUCCAGUAUAUUGAACCUGAAACCAAGCUGGCCUCGUAACUCUAGUUCCAGUUAUGACACCCUAAUGCAAGUACCCAGGCAGGAUGAAAACAAAGGAAUUAUAAGGCUGUGAACACACUUCACUAUAUAUAACCUCCUUCUCAUCCAAUAUUCUAAGCAGCAAAUGAAUACCAUGAAUAUCAACUUCUAACUUCAAAAAACUUGUAGGUGGAAAUGUAUCUGCAUAAAAAGCAGUUGAAAAGAGAUUUAUUAAACUCUACGCAGAUUGAGGCACUUAGAAGGUCCAGCAUCAGGACUUAUCUUUAUUUAUUGCCAGGUUGGAGGUAUAUGAGUAAAUACUGACAUUGCUUCUGUUGUUAUAUUUCUAUAUGAAUAUAUGGCUUCACCAGUCCCUCUGACCUUAUUUUGUCUGUCUGUGUUGUCCUUAUAUCUGGAAAGUUACUUAUAUAACAUUUUAUUUUUGCUCAACUAUCAAAUUUUGAGAGCAUACUUGCAUCUGAAAACAAAUAGCAAUGACGGUUACUAAACUGAUUGACACUAUUUUAAACAUGUGCUCAAUGCUUCAGUCUAUUUUGCAAAUUACAUAUUUAAAAAUAGAUUCAAUGGUGCUUCUUCUAUUGAAUAAUAUUAUAAGAUGAUUAUUUUAGCCAUAAUAUUUAAUUAUACAACGAAUCUAAGAAAGAAAAAGUUGCAUUAUCAUUUGAAAGCUCUGUUAGUUUUUUUUGAAGAGCAACUGUAAAAAUUUAGCUAAAUACAAUAAAUUUCCAUCAAAAUAUAAAAGUGCAUCUA